AUGAACUCGCUAUAUGAGUUAGAUCCUAAGUGGCAGAGGCUACUCACUUUGGAUAACUUCCUGGGUGGUUUGACAGUAAACGAGUUUGUAGAGUCUCUAAGUAAAGAUCACUCGCUUAAAGCAGCUUCUUCCCUAUCGUAUGGGCAUAAUGGAACCAGAACUAGAGACAAUGGGAUGCAAUUAGAAGAUGAACAGGAUAGCGCCAAUUGGGAAAGAUUAGAUCCCAAGCCAUUCAUUAGAACAUUUGAGUCAACUUUGAAAGAGUUGAAAGGGCUUAACGAUGAUGCAGUAAGUAAAAAAAAUCGGUUUGAAGAUGAAGUGACUAGACAGGAACUAGUCCAUUCCGAAAACGUAAUUGAUUUGGCUACUGAUAUUCAAAGGAUUAAUAUUCAGUUUAGUGAAUUAGAUAACAAGUUAACAAAUGUGAAUCAGAUUGUCUCGCCAUUAAGUGAUAAAUUGGAAUCAACAAUACGUAAACGUAAAAACUAUGUUAAAUCGGUUGAGUUAAUAACUGAAUACUCAAAUUUCUAUACCACAGGUGGUUCAACUAAUAUUGAAAAUUUAAGAACAUCUAAAAAUUGGAAAAACAAGAUUCAAGCUGCAACAUAUAUUAAAAAUUUAUUAGAAUUAUCUAGAAAAAUUGAAACUACAGCGAUUCCAAAGACUAGUGAAGUUACAGAACUAAUUGAAAAAUAUUCUGAAAUGAUGGAAACAACUUUACUAGAAAAUUUUAACGCAGCUUAUCGUGAAAAUGAUUUUAAUCAGUUAAAUGAGAUUGCAUUGAUUUUGAACCAUUUUAAUGGUGGGAUUAAUGUGAUUCAAAGUUUUAUCAACCAACAUGUAUACUUCAUUAAUAGUGACGAGAUAGGACUUGAUGAACAAUUGAAAAUAGAUGAUCAAUUCAAGAAACGUCUCAUGGAUCAAAAUAUUCACACUGUGGUUUAUGAACAAAAUAUAUUAAACAUGUUAAAUGAUAUUGAAUCUGUCAUUAAGAAUGAAUCUAAGAUUGUUAAGGGUGUCUUUGAAGAGAGAGCUUCACACGUUAUGCAAUUGUUUAUUCAAAGAGUCUUUGUACAAAAGAUAGAACCAAAAGUGGAUACAUUGUUAAAUAAUUCUUUAUCCUUGUCGAAUUUAGCCUAUGUGAGAACUUUACAUGGUCUGUAUUCAUUGAUUGGUCAAUUCGUGAAGGAUCUAACGGAAUUUUUCCAAAUAUUGGAUAUUGAUCAAGACGCAACAGAUUUGAAAUUGAUCCCAAGUGCAUUAGAUAACAAUAAUAAUAGUAGUAUCAUAACAGUUCUAGAACAAUGUAGUUCAGAUAUGUUUUCGAGGUAUCUUUAUGAUAGAGCCAGAUAUUUUGACAUUGAAAAAAGAAAUUUAGAGAACAUUCUGGUUGAUAUGACAUCGCUAUUUACAAACAAACAUAAUAAAGAGAUAAAUGACAAGAUGUUGCUAAAUAAAUUAGGUAAGAUGAUGGAGAAGGAUGAAGAUGGUAAUACACAUUAUGAAGAAUUUAUCACUCAAACGGCGACAACAUCAAAGAGGAAAUUAUCGCAAUUUAAUGAGUUCAUGAAAAAAAGAUUUGAUAGAUUGGAUCAUUUAUCAAAUUUAUCCCUAACAAGAUCCAACACAUUAUCUCGUGACCGUGACGCUAGUGUCAGUAGUUCCCACUUAUCUAACUUGAAGGAUACAAUCAGUGGUGAUAAUGACUACAAUGACGAUACGAUGUCUGAUAAUUCAGAUCCAUCGUUUAACUUAGAUACCGUAGACUCCAUGUUAAAAUGUGUUGUAGAGUCUAUUGCCAGAGUAAUGGAAUUGGUUCCUAAUAAAUCUAGUGAGUAUAGUUUAGAGCUACUAGAUAUUAUGUUCCUUGGUAUUGUGGGUAAUUAUGUUGAGAUGUCCUUGGAGGUUGCUUUUUACAGAGUGAAACAGUUAGACAUCUACAAAUUAGAUGACUUCAACUUAUCUUUCCUGAGUUAUAUUACCAAGAGUACAGAUAUCUUAAAUCUCGUCUCUACAUCCAUUAAAGCGAUAUUCUUACCUCUCUUGAAUGAUGCUCCAGAUGCCAAGAAACAAAUAAUUGAGCUGACGAAUAAUAAUAUACGAAAAUGUGAAAUUUCAAUUAAUAUCAUUAUUGAUGAAAUUGCAAAUGUUUAUUCGGCUAAAUUGUCCAAUAUAUUAACAAAGCAAAACAAGAAAGAUUUCAUACCAAAAUCUCAAGACUUAUUAGAUCAAGAUACUUUACCAGCAGUGGAGAUUACAAAUCUAUUAUCGUCAUUGCAUACUCAAGCAUCGGUAUACCUAAAGGAGAAGAAUUUGAAUGCAUUCCUUGACAAUAUUGGAGAGGAAUUGUAUAGAUUGUUGCUGAAUCACUAUUCCAAGUUCCAAGUCAGUUCAAUAGGUGGUAUCAUUGUGACAAAGGAUAUUAUUGGUUUCCAAACCGUUAUUGAGGACUGGCGUAUACCUAAUUUACUGGAAAAAUUUGCCACGCUGAGAGAGCUUGCUAAUAUAUUUACAGUACAGCCAGAUCUCCUAGAUUCCCUUACAAAAGAGGGUCACUUGGCUACUUUGAAAAGAGAUAUAAUUGAAUCGUACAUCGCCAAGCGCGAGGACUUCAAUCACGACAACUUCAUGGCUAGUAUGAAGAUGAACUUGAAACAAUAUACAUAG